AUGGCCAAAGAAUUUGGCUGGUCUUCCACGACUCAGGGACUAGUGUUAUCUUCAUUCUUCGUAGGUUACUUAACAACUCAAGUUUUGGGAGGAGCGCUUGCGGAUAAGUUCGGCGGUAAAUGGGUGCUUGGAGUGGCUGCUGUUGGUUGGACAACUUUUACCUUACUUACGCCCAGUGCUGCCAAGUUAGGUUUGAAUUACCUCCUAUCGUGCCGAAUUCUACUUGGCAUUGCCGAGGGUGCUUGUUUCCCAUCCGUUCAUUCCUUAAUUGCGUCUUGGGCUCCACUAGAAGAACGUUCUCGUGCUGUUGCAAUUAUAACGAGUUCAAAUCACUUUGGCUCUAUAAUUGCUUUUCCUGUAUCCACAUGGUUAGGGUCCGGUCCUUGGGGGUGGGAAAGUAUUUUUUGGGUGUUUGGGACUGUUGGGGUUAUAUGGUCAUUAAUAUGGCAAAUCUAUGGCGGAAGCGACCCGAGCACAUACCCGGGAAUUUCAAAAGAAGAAUUGGAUUUAAUUUUAAAAGAUAAUCACAAAGAAAGUAGAUCUUAUUACUCUAGUUUACCUACUGAUGAAGAAGAAGCGAUGAAUAGAAGUAGUGAAGAUGUUAUUAAUGUUGCUGAUGGUGAUGACGAUGACGAUGUAAUUUCUGAAGAAAUUGAUGAAUCUUUUACAGCCAUAAAAAAUUCAAAUCCUUCGCAUAUUCCAUGGAGGUUAAUUUUUUCUAGACGGGAAGUGUGGGCUAUAAUAAUCGCUUACGUUUGCCAUUCUGGAGGUUUCUUCAUGCUGCUUAAUUGGCUUCCUACUUAUUACUUGGAUCAUUUCGGAGUUGAUAUAAAAUAUUUAGGAUAUUUUACAGUUCUUCCUUAUAUUGCUCAAGGAGUAUCUGGAUUUUUUGUUGGUAUACUUGCUGAUUAUGUUAUAAACAGACUUAAAGUUCGUGUUAUUAUUAUAAGGCGAAUUGCUCAGAUCAUUGGUAGUUGUGGCAUUGCCAUAUUCCUUUUAUUAGCGACACAUGUAGCAAAGACUCCAUUACAAGGAAUUAUCCUUAUAACUAUCGGAAAUGGAUUAAAUUCCUUUACACUUGCAGGUUUAACCGUUUCCCAGUUGGAUAUUGCUCCACGAUACAGUGGCUUAAUUUUUGGUCUUGGCAAUUCUCUAGGAAUGAUCCCAGUCAUUGUAGGUUUGACAUUAACGGGAUGGGUCUUGGAUUCUACAGGGAAAAACUGGAAUAUUAUAUGGAAUACUGCCUCAGCUUUGUAUUUUACAGGCGCUUUUGCAUUUUCAAUUUUGGCCGGAGAAAAAGUUGUUAUUGAGUAA